AUGGAAACCAACACCGGAACACAUGUCGAACUGAUGAAGGAAGCACCGCUGAACCGAAACGGACCAGCCAACUUCAUUCAACCGGCACAGCAACAGGGCGCAGUGAUGAUGGUCAACGGACUCGAUAACAACACAGUCAUCACCGAUAAGCUGUACAAUCUGUUCUGCCUGUACGAAAAUAUUGUCAGGAUAAAGUUCCUGAAGACCAAAGAGCAUCCAGCACUUGAACAACAUUCCAAUUCAGAUUGCAUUUUCCAAGCAGAACUACUUGUCAGAGUCGACCAACCCCUACGCUCUGCUGGACAAUUCGAUCAGCUUCAAGGACUACAGCGCCUCCAAGAACAAUCGCUUCCUUACCCGAGCAAGGUUCUUCACUUCUUCAAUACCCCACCCGGUAUGUCCGAGGAUCUGCUGCUGACUGCAUUCACCACCAAGGACUGCCACCCGUCGCAAGUGCGAAUGUUCCCGCUGAAAUCGGAACGUUCCUCUUCCGGAUUGGUUGAGUUCCCGAGCGUAGCCCUGGCGGUGAAUGUUAUCAUGAAGAGCAACCACAGCGCGAUCGAUCACAAACGCACAAAAUUCCCGUUCAUUAUGAAGCUGUGCUUCUCCUCGUCCAAGACGAUUAACGGUGCUUGGAGCAACGAGAGCACCGAAAACAUGGGCAUGGCACUGGCACUUGGCAACCCAAUGUCGGCAGCGGCCGCGACAGUCUCCGCCGUGGCAGCAGCGUCCGGUGGUGUGACGCCCAUUUCGGUGACGGGCGAUUAUCUCAAAUCCAAAUACGAUGACCAAUACGCAGAAAAAGUUCAGUGUUACUUUAAAGAUUAG